GCGAGGGUCUUAAAACUCGAUGGUGGAUGGUUCAUGGUUUCACUUCCCUCCAUGUGACAGACUCGUUUCAGGGUUCAGGAGGGGUGAGACGAAUUAAUAUGCACCGGUAUGACUCGACACAUAUCAUCUUCAGUAACCUGAUACACAGCCUGUUCAUUCUGCAAAUACUGCAAAUCUCCGGAGACGCACAACCCACUCACGGAAGCAUUUACAACCACCUGGAAGUGCCUGGUCAUCAAUCCAGCAAUGACCCGCCAAGGCCGAUGCAAAUUGAGGAUCUCCUUCAAAGUAAUAACAAUUUGUGGCCUGAGCGAUCCACAGCCACCACAAGUGAAGAUGAGGAACUCGAGGAUUCGGCUGCGAACACCUGGAAAAUUUUGUUAAAGUCCCUGAGGCCCAUCGAGUCCCAAGUCUACCGGCAAACAUCGCCAAUGUCAGCCUCAGAAGAUCGAAUGGAUUCCUCCUCUCCCUCCUCCUCCUCCUCAUCAUCAUACCCCACGUCAUCCUGGGUCAAUGACAAUGAGGAUCUCAUGGCCAAGACUACUUGGAGGCCAAGAGGAACGAUUAGGCCUAGUGAAGAUUUUCGAACUCAACUCCGACGUCGAAAUUUGGCGUUGUCCCGGCAAUUUUCCAAUGAGGCUCAACGAAUGGAGAAACGACGGUCUUGGUGGAGAUCCAGAAAGAGGGAUUUCUUCAAAAAUCGACGAUACGGAAAGAAACGCAAUCAAGAAGGUCGGUUAGUUUUUGACACGUUGAUUCCCGUUGGCGAUGAACCGACUGCCGUUGAGACGGCCGAGCAACUUUCGGCCGCAGCUCAAGCGGCCAAAAAGGCAGAGAUCGAAAAAUUGCGCAAAGCCAUUUCAAUGUGGGAGACCAAACUGCUCCGCUUUGCCGAGAAGUUCGCCGACAACCCGGACGUUCUCAAUGAGAAUCCCACUUGGACACGUUUGGUCAAGGUCCGGAACUCGCUCCGUGGUCUCUUGGUCAAGCUCCAGUUUCACUCGCUUGAUCAAACGAGAAUGUAAUGACAUCAAAACACAUUUAUAGAAGACAGAGGGAAAUGAUGACCAUGGUAUGGUGUCUUUGAGCUUACUCACAAACUCAACUAAGCAAUAUUCUAAUGCACUCUAAUGAGCUUCAGUGCCCCUGAUUUGACGUUGACACCUUCUUAGCCUUUCGUUUGUUCUCUGAGAUACUUCCACAUGAAAAUAGUCCCGAUUAUAAUUGCCGGCCUCUAUGGUCGAUUUUCACAAUCUGACAGAGCCGAAUUUCCUCGUUCUAUUGUAGGUCGGAACAAUUAUUAGUCCCGUAUGCUACCCAUGGCAACAAUAACGUUACAGAUAUAUAACCGUUCCAGUCAGCAGAGCGUCUUGAUUGUCUCCUUCUUUGCUUGGAGCCAGCAUUUCCAGCUUUUCUUUUCCUUUCCCCUCACAUACUCUUAACAUCGUUUCAAAAUAAAACCAACAACCGGCAGCUAUGACGAAAAGAUUUUUCAGGUGCAUGUGUGACGAUUUCUAAUUCAAUAUUCCAUUUAACACGUAGGUCUAAGUGUUCAGUUGAGACUUGAUUCAUUCUUCUCUUAUUGUCGAUCGACCCAAAUCCCAACCCAGCCAACCACCAUCCACAGGUUUGUUCAAUGUUGAAACAGAUUCCUUUAGGGGAAAACUUGGCUUAUUUUCCAUUUGCAUUGGCAAUAUAUACAAGACCCUCCCUCCCCUCUAGAAUGUGAACUUGAAUAGGGCUCUUGAUACCAAUUUGAUCACUUGCAUUUUAGUAACACAACCAUGUCUGUCUCGCAUUAACAUAUGAAAAAGGUGAUGACUGCAGAUUGUUAUUGGGGAAUAAAGAUAACCAGUUGAACUCGU